AUGGCAUCGAUGAAGUUUGAUCUACCGCUGCUGGAUUACAAGACGAGAUUUGCACUAUGGCAAGUCAAGAUGCGGGCGAUUCUGGCACAAUCUUCGGAUCUUGAUGAGGCAUUGGACGGUUUCGGAGGAAAAGGGCAGAAGUCAUGGACCACUGAAGAGAAGCGGAAGGAUCGUAAGGCUCUGUCUCUGAUUCAACUUCAUCUACAUAAUGAUAUUUUGCAAGAAGUGCUGCAGGAGAAAACUGCCGAAGAACUUUGGCUCAAGCUAGAAUCGAUCUGUAUGUCCAAGGAUCUAACCAGUAAGAUGCAUGUGAAGAUGAAGUUGUUCACGCAUAAGCUGCAAGAAGGUGGUUCGGUGAUGAACCACUUAUCGAUCUUUAAGGAGAUCGUUGCCGAUCUAGUGUCGAUGGAGGUAAAAUAUGAUGAUGAAGAUUUAGCUCUUCUACUGUUAUGCUCACUGCCUACUUCGUUUGCAAAUUUCUGA